AUGGAACCUCAGGAUGGCAUCGAUGUCCGCCCUAUGAGGCUGAAGGUUCUUUACACAUUUGACAGUGAGAACAAAACGAAUUGUCUCGCCAGAUGGCCUCACGUCCUCGACAUUCAGACUGCAUACCUUGACGAAACCACUCCAAUCGGUGUGAUCGAGUUGAAAACAUGUAUCCAGGCAAUUGUCUCUGCCAGCCCCGAGCUUGUGGCUCAGCUUGGAAAAGAUUACACAGUCUAUGCUUAUGACUACUCAGAGUACGAAACCCCUCUUGUUGGUCAAGGCAUGCUGUCAUGGGUAUUGUCAUCUGCCUCGCCAACCGAAGCUCAAUCGAAAACCAUGGUCACUGGACGAGUCUGCAAGAACACCCUUGGCCUCUUCUCCAAAGGUGCCGCUCAAGAGACGCUGGAAGUCAAGUUGCGGCUGGUGCCUGUCCCAACUGUGAUGCAGAGUGAGUACCUCGAUAGCAUACAAAAGUACCGCGAUCUGAGCAACUUCCGUCCAGGUGACUUUGAUGCACAAUCAUGGUCCAACUUUGUCCGCCAGAAUCCUGCAUUGGGAGAAUCUUCAAGAGCCCAAAGCCACGCCGGCUCGCCGAUGCACCACUCUGGUAUCGAAAGAUUUCACCAGCUGUUGAGUGAAGGGUCGACACCAAGAGAGUUUUCUAACUUUCCACCUAACGAAUCUGUCCGCUCGGUCUCGCCUUCACAUUCAUAUGCUCCUAGCAGAGUUUCCACGCCUGGCGGUCGAACACCAGCCCAUCAUCAAUCUUACAAACACAGCAACCCCCACAGUGAUAUGAUUCGCCCUUCAUCAAGUGCUUCUAUGCGGGACAAUGACUUCCAGAGCCAAGUUUCAUAUCACCAACGCCGAGGCUCCAUGCAAUCCGGAUAUGGCAGUGGUGAGGAGGAAUCCACCGAUCCCCAGCCCCGCAAGAGAGCCAAAGUAUACCAAGCAAGCUGGCCCGGAAAGUCAGCUCUGAACAUCGAAAGGCAACCCAGCUCGCUGCGGGUUGCAGCGAGUACCGCAGCUUCAGUUCGGAUCCACCGCCCAACUCCUGUGAACCCUGCUAUUGCCGCCGAGCAAUCCUUCGAGGACCCCGUCCGUCCACCCACUCCUAUGUCUCGACCAUCGGAUUUCAAUCGCCGGUCUCGACCUACAGGUAGUUUGUUGCGAGAAUCAUCCAUUGCAAGCAUUGCAUCGUGUCCCGCUACAUACAAUUCUCCCUAUUGCCAGAGUGACGACAUGCCAGGUGCAGACCAGACUUCGCCUGACGAUACCCGGUACCAGGGUCUCUUUGAGCCGUCCUUCAGCAUGCCAUCAUCACCCCCCGUGUUCGAUGGCCGCCUGCUGAACAGGUCAAGCCCUGUCUUACCACCCAUCGCUCUGGAUACUGACUCUGGCUUUAUGAGUGCCGGACUGGAGGAUCUUCUCGAUGAGGAAACCACCACGCCCCAAGAUGACCGCAGAAGAGCAGAGUCCCAUGAAAUUACCCAGGAAAAACGCCCUGUACGAUCUACAGUACAAGCAAGCUCCCCAGCUAGUACCAUUGGCGCUCACCAAGGAACCUCCAAUGAUCCACUCCCUGUCGACGAGAUGAGUGCGGAUCAGCUUUUAGCCAAGGCACCACCUGUGAUGUCUCGUCCUGCCACCUCGACUGGGUCAAGACCCUCUUCAAGUGCCGGCCCGCAGCGCUUGGCACCUAAACCCUUGCUUCCAGGCCCGAUUGCUCCGAUUGCUCCCCAGAACCAGUGUCACCCAUUGAUGCGUGCCAUUCCCGCCAGUGACCCCGUUGUGCCUUCUCGCCCCGUGGACGUCAAAUUCAUGCCUCUCGAGACCAAGAACAAUGCCAAGGGAAAGCGUACAAAGCAGGCAAUUAACAUGCAGGCACGCUUGGAGCAGGCGAUUGCCAAAGGCGAAGUUCCUCCAUAUUGCGAAAACUGUGGCUCAAUUGAGACUCCUAGCUGGCGUCGAGCAUGGGCAAAAGAAGUUGAAGGAAAUGACAAGCUUGCAGAGGAGAUGAUGCAGCAGCCUCUCAUGUUAUUUUGGGAUGUCUUGGAUCGGAACGCCGAGGGUGAAGUCCAGAAAUUCUUGAUCUACAAGAAGGAGAACGAAGACCAUUGGAAGCAAAUGACUUACUGCAACCCAUGUGGUUUGUGGCUUCACAAGUUCAAGGAAAUGCGUCCCCAGCAUAAAUGGUCCAAAGGUCCAGCAGCCAAGAAAAGAAAGCGUCCUGCUCGAAUCACUAAUGGCAAGCCUUCCAACUCUUGCCCUGCCACCAGAACCCGGAGUAAGGCUACCCCCGGUAAGCCAGCAGCUUCUUCUCCAGCAGCCACUGAAGCCUCUUCUGUGCCCGCUGAAGGCGAGACUCCUCAAAUGGAUGACGAUGAGGGACUUUCUCCCAACAAACGCUCCCGAGAAAACAGCACCGAACCUCAGCACUUGAGUGAGUUAGCUACCAACUGGAACAAGCAAGAUGCGAGAGAAGCCAUGCGCCGUGCCAUUCGGUCCAGCCCUGCCAGACGCACGCAACCCCGUCCCACCUCAUCGGGGGGCAGCACCGCUUCGACUCCCAAGCCUCUGAGAAGAUCGCUUUUCCCGAACGAAGGCCCGUUGAAGGAAAUUGAUGCCUCCAUGGUAAAUAGCUGUUCCCCUCGUCGCAGCCCGCGCAUUGCGUCGACAAAGGAUGACAAGGGAGCUCAGAAGGAGAACCACAUUCCCACUCCGGCCGACGAUCUUGACAAUCUUUUCGAGAGUCCCUCCAUCGAUUUUGAUCACACUGGAAGUCCGACUCCUCGUCGACGCAACGCGCGAGUCAACGCCGCAACCGAGAAACGCCCGAUGAAUUCACCAAGUGCCAAUCGGCGCAAGGAGUUGAGCUCAGUCAUGACUCCAACCCGGUUGUCAGCCGAGCGCCUGCAACGUAUCCAAGCAAGCCAACACAACCCACGUCAAAACAAGUCGCCAAACAAGCAACAGCCUUUUGCCCCUCUGACCACCGACGAGAGCAUCCACUCCGAGGCCUUCGAGUCUCUCGACGGCAUGAUUCUCGACAUCUUUGACGAUGCAGACCAGCCCAACCACUUCUUCCUCCAGAACGCCAAGUUCGACGGCGACAACUGGGCCGACUGGCUCCCAGAAGAUUACGUCUCUCCCAACGGAUCUUCUGACGAACCUGCCGAGGACCUGAUCAACUCCCUCUUCUCCAACUCCGAAGUCAACAAAGACAACCUCAACUCCGAAUUCCUCCCCUUCAACUUCGACGAAUCCGUCAUCCCUGACUCCGGUUUCUUCAGCUCCGACGCUCUCCAAACCGACCCAAUCCGCCUGGCUCCCAAGACCCAGUCUGCAAGCCACUCCCACGAUACCCAACAAGCAAACUCUUCUGCAUAA